GUUGCUCGCGUAGAGCCCAGUCAUGACGACUGUAUUCAAGUUCCCGCGGACCCAUCCACCGGCUCUUCAGUUCGGUGGAUCGUUAACCCUCACACCAGUUGUUAUCUCGUUGGGUCCGCCAGCCUGGCAUCAUUCACCGCCUAUAUACUGCGACAGCAGUUCCGCACACAAUCCGCUCUUCCCCUCCGGCUUGUCAGUUUGGGCUCUGUAUACCAUCGUUCGAGUGGAGCAGAUGUACUGCCUUUAAAUGGUGAAUCCGCUUCUCAUCAUCAACAACCCUUUCAACAGCGGAAGCAGCUUUCGAUCGCCGAAUUGUCUUCCUCACAACGUAUGUGCGAGCAGGGCUUUUUCCAACUGGUCGAGGAUAUGUACCGUUUCUGGACCACAUUCCAACCUACUUGGCCCCUCCGUUUAUGCUACCUUCCUGCCGGUGAUCUACGCCCUUGCGAAAUGCUACGCGCUGUGAUUCAAUUAACCGAGAAGUCUUCACCCGAUGGUGAGAGACACUCGGGUCUUACUACGGUGGCCAGUGUAUCCUUGCUAGACGAUUGGGUAUCUCGUCGUAUUGGCGCGAAAUUGUCCCGAUCCAUCGCUGAAUUCGAUCCAUCGGAGCCUUAUAUACGCAUGACGUACGCCCAAAUCAUGGACUCAUACUCUCUACUGACAGCUUUUCGACGUAUCGGCAAUAUGUCAAUAUCAACUAUAUGA